AGCCAGACGCUGCCCACUCGUAGUGGAGCUGCUGUUUCUACAAAGGAGACAUAUUGUUACUGUGUCAUUAACCAAAGUGAUCCUGGGUUUUUGCUGAGAUCCUGACUCUGGGUUAGGACUUUGUGAUCAUCAUGUCCAGCAGAAGUGGAAAGAAGAAAACAACCAAGAUUUCACGGUCUGCAAAAGCCGGUGUUAUUUUCCCUGUUGGGCGAAUGUUGCGUUACAUAAAGAAAGGCCACCCUAAGUACAGAAUUGGUGUUGGUGCUCCAGUGUACAUGGCUGCAGUUCUGGAAUACUUAACUGCUGAAAUUUUGGAGUUGGCUGGAAACGCUGCAAGAGACAACAAAAAAGGAAGGGUCACUCCGAGGCACAUCCUGCUGGCCAUCGCAAAUGAUGAAGAACUGAACCAGCUGCUCAAAGGAGUAACCAUAGCCAGUGGAGGUGUCCUACCAAACAUUCAUCCAGAACUGUUGUCUAAGAAGCGAGGGUCCAAAGGAAAACUUGAAGCCAUCAUCACCCCACCCCCAGUAAAAAAAGCAAAGUCCUCACAAUCUACAAAGAAAUCUGGCGGAAAGAAAGGCAAAAAGGGCGCAGGGAAAGGUGCUAAGAAGAAGCAAACAGAAGUCAGCAAAGCAGCAUCAGCAGAUAGCACGACCGAGGGCAAUCCUGGAGACACAUUCACUAUUCUCUCCACCAAAAGCCUCUUUCUUGGACAAAAGUUACACCUUAUUCACAGUGAACUCAGUAACAUAGCGAGCUUCGAGGUGGAGGCCAUUAUCAAUCCUACCAGUGCUGACAUUGAGCUAAAAGAUGACCUAGGAAAUGCUUUGGAGAAGAAGGGUGGCAAGGAGUUUAUAGAAGCUGUUAAUGAAGUGCGCAAGAAGAACGGCCCCUUGGAUACAGCAGGAGCUGUGCUCAGCUCAGGCCAUGGUCUGCCAGCCAAAUUUGUUAUCCAUUGCAAUAGUCCUGGCUGGGGGUCAGACAAAUGUGAGGAGCUCCUGGAGAAAACAGUGAAGAACUGUCUGGCUUUAGCAGAUGAGAAGAAGCUGAAGUCUAUUGCCUUCCCUUCAAUUGGCAGUGGCAGAAAUGGGUUUCCUAAGCAGAGUGCUGCCCAGCUGAUCCUGAAAGCCAUUUCCAGCUACUUCGUAUCUACAAUGUCAUCCUCAAUCAAAACGGUCUACUUCGUUCUUUUUGAUAGUGAAAGUAUAGGGAUUUACGUCCAGGAAAUGGCUAAACUGGAUGCUAAUUAAAGAUGUAAACUCACCGAAAGGGUCCCUCAACAUUGUGAUGCAGACCACUUUUUUUUGUAAGUUACUAAAGCAACACAGGGCAGGCAAUUCAAAGGAAUCUUUAAUUAGCAUCUGGUUCUUAAUUUUACAAUGGCACUGACAUUUGGCUUGAAAAUGGAUAUGCACUGCUGUCAGAAAGUCACUAGAAUUCAUUGUAAUUUAGUAUAUAUUUUGUAGUUUUUAAUUUGCAUCAGAAAAAGGAAAAGAAAGGAUUGCUUGUAGUCUGAUGUUGCCAGUCUGAAUAUUUUUAAUUCUUUACUGGGAGAGAUGGGAGAUACGUUUUGUAACUCUGUUGUGGUACAUUGAUGUGCACCAAGGUAACUCUUUGAAAUCAUAUGGUGCUAUAAAACUGUAUUUUGUUUACAUUACAUCUAAUCACCACAAACGGUUGUCAAGAGUUAUGAUAAAAUGGAGUUUGUCAUUUGUUUAUUAAAUGGUUGGACUGUGGUGGCA